GUUGACUGUUCCUGACUCUCUUCCUGUCCGUCUUAUUCAUCAUUGUUACAUUCCCGUCUCAAUCCCGAAACCCGAGUCACCAUCGAACGACGCUGGGGUAGUGACCAUUUCCUUUUGUUUUGGCGCGUCUCUCUAUUUUUGUUUCAUGUUUAGUCAUUACCCCUCCGCGGGAACCCGUGGUCAAUGGAACUGAGCCGACAAUUGGUAUAGACGAUUACACAGGAACACUCCCGAUUAUAGACAUGCAGCAGGAGCUUUAAACCAGCCGGAUUUUGCUGUAGGCAGAUAUUUACUUGAACCUUCGAACAUGGCCUUGCCAUCUCACGAAGCUGGCCUCCCGGAGACGAGGUCACAUCGAAGAGAGGAUGACGCAGAGUCCGAGGACGGCCGAUCAUACAAAGAUGAGGACAGAGAGCGGCUGCUUAUGAGUGAAGAAGUCCCCGAAGGCCGGUCUUUUAUACCUCCAUUUUGGAAGCGGUUUGGCCGUAUAUUCCGAAGCAAUGGGCCUUUUCGGUUCGAGUCUUCUGGCUCGUACCCUGCGUCCCCCCGUCUUCCUCGACCGAAGACCUUUGGUGGACAUUGUCUUGGCCUCAUCGUAGGGUUCUUGACUGUUCUUGGAUUGAUCCAUGUGACGUACUUUGUGCUUGGUCUCGGCCCCCUCUUCUGGACUACAAGCGGGAAUACCUACCCUGACGACUGGCGGCACGGACAGUCAUCCGAUGAUUGGAUGCGAUACACGACGGAUUUUACACGAGAUAUCCUCCCGAUACCAUGUCAUUCCCACAACGACUACUGGCGGAAAGUGCCCGUCUUCGAAGCAAUUCAUUACGGCUGCACCGGCGUGGAAGCCGAUGUCUGGCUGUUUGACGACGAGCUUUAUGUCGGACACAACAUUGCGGCAUUGACGAGAAAUCGGACGUUCCGUAGCCUCUAUGUUGAACCGCUGGUGGCGCUUCUGGAUAAGCAGAACGGGAACACCUCGUUCCCUGAUGAUGCUGGUCUCCGAGGGAUCUUCGACGAAGAGCCGGAGAGGACGGUCGUCUUGCUUGUCGACUUUAAGAACGGCGCCGACUCCAUCUGGCCAUACGUCCAACACCAACUCGAACCACUGCGCCAGAAAAACUACUUAUCCUACUUCGAUGGCCACACCGUCAUCCCCCGCCCCAUCACUGUCGUCGCCACCGGUGAUGCUCCCUACCCGCUCGCCAUCGCUAACUCCACCUACCGCGACAUGUUCUUUGAUGCGCCCCUCUCCUCCCUCACCGCCUCACUCCAAUCCUCCGAGCCUUUCAACAGCAACAACUCCUACUACGCCAGCACCAACUUCAUCGCCGCCAUCGGCUACCCCUGGUUCGGCUCCCUGAGUGCCGCGCAGCGCGCGACCAUCACACGGCAGGUCGACGCGGCGCACGCGCGGGGUCUGAAGGCACGGUAUUGGAACACGCCGGGGUGGCCGGUCGCAUGGCGGAACCAUGUGUGGACGACGCUGGUGGAGUUGGGGGUGGAUUAUUUGAGCGCGGAUGAUUUAAGGGCGGUGGCGGAGCAUGAUUGGAGGAAGCAGAAGGAUAGGGAUUGGUAGGGAGGAGGGGGGGUAGGGGAGACGAUGGGCGGGCGGUGCAUAUAGUUCUUCGUUCCUUUAGAUUAGCAUUUGAGAUACCCUGUGGAUAGACGAGCGACACUCCUUGAUGUUUGAUGAUGGGGUGUAGGGCCAUGGUGCUUUUUAGCCGUUUCUAUAGAACGAAUACUGAUUGUUCGCACGGCACGUUGGCCAUUGCGAGGCCUAGUACAUAUAACUAAACAUUACCUACUG